GAAAUUCCAUUUUCUUCCGGUUAAUCAAAUUUUUUUUUGCCCAUCGAUACUGCCAAAAUCAAUCAAUUCAUUAUGAGAUUAUUUUGAACGAUUGAAAGAAAAGAAAAAAUGUUAAUCUAAAUAACCAAACAUUCGAAGCUAUGUAUAAUAAAAAAUAUCGAUUGUACAAUAUCGAUAUUUUACUGCCAUGUCUCGAUCGCAUUCAAAUCAACCAAGACCAUAUAAAGUUUGGUCAUCCGAUCGACAAAAACGUAAAUCAAUAACUGCCUCGAAUCUAAAUGAAUUCAAAAUACGUGGAGCUGAAAAAUUGGGCUAUGAAAAUUAUCAUUAUUUACGUGUUGUAUUUGAACAGGAUGGUACAGAAAUUGAAGAUGAUUUAUAUUUUCAAUCAACCGAAAAUGAUACCGUAUUUUUAUUAUUACGUGAUAAUGAAAAUUGGUCACCACCCGGAAUGGAUGCAUUAAAAUCGGCAUUAUCAGCUAUUCCUCAGAUUGUUUGUGAUACUAUAAAUUCAUUAAAACUAGCCAAUAAAUCACCAGCCUGGUCGAUUAAAGAUGAUCAAGGAUUUAUUACUGUCACAUUACAAUGGGAACAUGAUAAUAAAUUUAAAUAUUUAACCGAUUUUGAAGAGCCACCUUCCUGGAAAAUGUCUUCUUCACAGCCUUCAUUUGCAGCUCAAUUUGGCGAUAAAAUUUAUAGCUCAACAUUUCCACGACCUAGCUCUAGUCGUGCUAAAUCAUAUGAAACAUACCUGAGAGGUGUCCGAAAUAUAAAUAGUCUAGAAGCCUAUCGAUCAGCACUGCCAUAUAAAACAUUAUCUGCCGAUGAUUUUUCUUACAUCGAUCGAGCGAUUGAUGAUUUCAGUUCAGCUCAUGAUCUCACUUCUUAUUGUGAUUUUCAUUGUUCAUCAUUACAUCGUGAUGGUGGCUCAAUCAAAGUUAGCAAAUCAGUAGGAACUUCACCAAUACUUGAUUUGAAUCGAAUCAUUUCACCGAUUGUGACCACCAUCAAUACGACCACUAUCGCCACUACAAUGACAACAUCAACGGCGACAUCACCAUUUGAUCAUAAAGGUUUAUCAACAGCUCAAUUUGAUGAUGCUAAUAUUGUUGCUCAAUCUAGUUGUAUGAAGGCCAAAAAAGGUCAUGUACGUUUUAAGGAUACUGAUAAAAAUAUUGAUUCAAAUAUUCAUUCAUUUACCAAUGAUGCUAAUAAACGAAACAUAUCGUUAAUGGGUCUAUUGAAUGGACAUAUUGUUAAUGAACAUAGUAGUAGUUGUUCAAGUGAUUCAGAAACUGAAACAACAACAACAACUGAACGUGAUGAUGAUGAUGAUGAACAAUUCUGUGAACGUUAUCUAAUGUUAGUUGAUCAAUUAUCAGCUAAUCAUAAAAAACAUCUUUCAAUUAAAGAUAUUGGUAUUAUAUUGGAACGUUUAAAAUCAAAAAUUAUUGAUAUUGAUAAAUUGGAAAGAGAUAAAGAAAAUAUUGAUUGUUAUAAUUGGCUAAUAAAAGCUAUUAUUAAAGGUGAUAUGUUAAGAGAAAUAGGUGUUGUUUAUAAAGGUCAAUAUUAUUCACUUAUGGAACAUCCAGGAUAUUUUUGAAGAAAAAAAAAGAAAAUAUUCAUUUCCAAUCAAUUAAUCAAUCAUUCAUCUAAAACAGCCAGAAAUGAAACAACAACAACAACAACAACG